GGAGAUUUUAAGGGAAGAGUAUUCAGGGCCAACCACUCUAAAAGUCUAAAGCAUGGACGAACAUAAAGAUAAAUACAAACACCAAGUUGACUCAGUUGAUAAACUGAAAGAGAAAAGAGGACAGGAAGUUAUAUCUCUCAGAAAAGAAAAAAGGGAGAAGAUUGUUAGUUCAAAAAGAUUCAGAUUUGAAGAUGGGCAAGCUGGUGGUGGUGAACAUGGUUUUACUGAGGAAAUGGUCACAGACUCAUGCAAGAAGCUGCAGCACUCAGGUCAAGAGAAGUUGCCCCUUCUUCAGUGUGUCAGACAGGCAUGUGCACAGGGUGUAAUCUACAUUGAUGCCUUCUUCAAAGUUGAAAACAGUUUGCAAUGUAUUGUGGGACUUUUGACGGGCAAUGACGUGGAGUUGCAACAUGAAGCGGCCUGGUGCCUCACCAACAUCUCUGCUGGCAACACAGACCAUGCGCUCUCUGUGGCAAAGUCAGCUGCACCCUACCUGAUCACGUAUCUCAGUUCUAACAAUCCACUGAUGCAGGACCAGUGCGCUUGGGCCCUGGGUAACCUGGCAGGGGACAGCCCAGAAUGUCGGACCAUGAUGCAGGCACAGGGGGCUGUGGUCCCUCUUGUGACCCUUCUGCAGUCACCCGUGCCAGCUGUGGUUCAAUCUGCUGCCUUCGCUUUGUCCAACAUAGCCAGGGACUCCCCAGAUGUUACCAGAGAACUGGUGACUGCGGGCCUUGUUCCUAUGCUGGUUCCCUACAUAAGUCUGGCUCCAGAGAACCGGCCUAUACUGGAGGAGGUUGCAUGGAUACUCACUUACCUCUCAACAUCAGGGGAACAUGUUCCACUGAUGAUUGAGAAUGGUCUUCUCACAUCAGCAGUCAGCCUGAUAGUGAAACUGCAGGGAGAGAACCCACAGGAUGUUAAGACAGUUACCCCGUUGUUGCGUUGCCUGGGUAACAUCUGCAGUGGACCCAAUGACUACACCCUGUUGGCGCUGGAGAACCCAAGGUUACUGCACACCGUGGGUCAGUAUCUGGACUCCAGCAUUCGGCACAUAGUAAAGGAAACACUGUGGGUGCUGUCAAAUAUUGUGGGUGAACCAAGCGUUGCUGCAUCGGUGUCUUCUGGGCCAAUACUGCAGAAGGUCACCGACAAACUGGAAGAUGGCUUUGACAUCAAACAAGAGGCUCUGUACGUGCUGAACAACCUGCUGUCCCAUGGGCCAGAGGCCUGUGAGAGCCUGCUGAAUCACAAGGUCCUCCCGGCUGUGGUCCCCAUCCUCAAGUCACAUGACGUAGACGUGCUCAAUCUCGCACUCGCCUUCAUUGAGAUGAUGCUGAGGUUUAACACUGAUUGCAGCGAGGUCUUUGAGAGCUAUGGAGGGGUAACCAGGCUGGAGGGGUUGGAGUACCAUAGCAACCACACCAUCGCUGAGAAAGCCAACAGUCUCCUGGAGAUGUACUUUCAAAAAGAGAAUGAAGAUGUUGGUCAGUAGAGGGAACACUCUCCUUGGCUCUCCUUAUUUAGGCAGCUACGUUUGUAUGCAAGCAAGCUGUAAAACACUUUCCUGCUGACAAUCAAACUGAUUCAAUUGGUUUAUCCUGUACUGGAAGCAAGGAUUUUCAGACAUU